UCCAAUCAACAUCUGUUCGAUUAGUCUCCACCACAUCUGCCAUUAGGCAAACUCAAGUCAGCCAGACCACCACAUCCAAAGUGACCACCAGUGACUUGUCUCACACACGCUCCAGCUCAGAAAAGAGACUGAACUCCAACUUUCCCACAUCUUCGACACCUCCAACACAUGUCACGAUACCAUCUACAACAGCACCAACCAAACAACAACAAGUUACCAUGGCAUCUCCCAGUCAGUCAGCAGAUAGAACAACGCCAUCUAGUACAGCUUCUCCUACCAAAGAGCCACUUACGCAAUCCUUAAUCAUCUUAGCAACGUCUAAGAAAACUCUUCAUUCAAGCAGCACGGCAGUAUCAUUGCCCACAGCACUAUCCAGCCCAUCUAGUCAAGCAACGACCACAACCCAAAUAAGUCAGUCACCAACCAGACGAUUACCAAUCAAACAAUCAAUACCAACCAAACCUCUGUCAAAUCAGUCACCACUUGAGGAAACCUUGAUAAGCUCAGUAAAACCAUCAAGCCAGUUAAUCCUGAAUGGAACAGAAAACCCUGCCAGCGGAGUGUUCUUGCAAGACCGUCGUCCAAUUCAUGAUUCAGUAUUCACCAGAAAGGCAAAAGAAGCGCUGAAGUCAAGGUUCCACAUGAUGUCAGAGUCAUGUACCUUUUCCUGCCUGAAUGGUGGUUGGUGCACUCGUUCUGAGUCAUGUGACUGCAGCUUGUUUCAGGCCACUGGACAGAGGUGUCAAACAGUUCCCAAUCCUGGUUUUGAGAGGGAGAUGACAUGCAGGACUUGGGGUCAGUACCACUUUGAGACCUUUGAUGGCCUCUACUAUUACUUCCCUGGUCGAUGCACGUACACACUGCUCAAAGACUGUGAGGAAACUACUGUGGCCAACAUCGUUGUUCAGGUGCACAAUGACCCAGACUGUGGUUCCAAACCUUACAGCUGCCAGCGCUCUGUCAGCCUCUACCUUCCAUGGGAGGGUGAGAUCCGGUUGCACGCCACUAAUGUGACAUUCAAAGGGCAAAGUUUGCAGCUUCCACAUCACAUCCAUGACCUGCAUCUAGAGCAGAUCUCUCAGUAUGUGUUAGUAACACAACCACAAGGCAUCACGUUGGCCUGGGAAGGACAAAGUGGCUCGGUUUACAUCAAACUUAGUCCAGAAUUUGUGGGCAAAACCUGUGGCCUCUGUGGGAACUUCAACGCAGAUACUCAAGAUGACUUCAGGACCAGCUACGGUAUAAUAAGUCAUGAUCUGGAAAUUUUUGGGAACAGCUGGGUGGAAACAGUGCCACUCCAGGCCUGGUGUCCCAUGGUGCCUUCUGGUUUCUCCUCACCUUGUGCAGCAGUUGAUGUGCAAGUUCUACUGAAAGUGGAAGAAGCUUGUUUAAUGCUGCUGGAUCCACCAUUCCAAAGUUGCAAUGACUUUGUCAGCCCUUUGUCCUACAUGGCCGGCUGUUUUAACAUCCUCUGCAUGUCGGGCCCUACUGAGGAGGCAGUGUGCCAGGUGUUCACUGAGUACUCCAGAGCCUGCGCCCAUGCCGAGCACCCAAUGAAUGCCUGGAGGGACCAUAUUCCCCAGUGUGCAAAGCAGUGUCCUCCAGGGUUACAGUACCUGGAAUGCAUCAGCGGCUGCCCGGCGUCAUGCAACAAAGAGAGGACAUGUAUCGACAGCAGGCUGGCCUGCCUGGAUGGAUGCUAUUGUCCAGAAGGUUUGAUAUAUAAAGACGGGGGCUGUCUAACCCCUUCUGACUGUCCUUGUGAGUCCCAUGGCGUCUUCUACCAGUCUGGACAAACAAUACAGGAGGAAUGUAACAACUGUACAUGCACAGCUGGAGUGUGGAACUGUACUGAUUACAGCUGCCCAGGUGAAUGCUCUGUGACUGGUGACAUGUAUUUCCAGUCAUUUGAUGGCCGUGUCUACACUUUCCCGGCAACAUGUCAGUAUGUCCUCGCAAAAAGUCGGAAAUCAGGAAAGUUUACAGUCACGAUCCAGAACGCCCCCUGUGGAGCUAAUCUGGACGGGGCUUGCAUACAGUCCGUUAACUUGGUAAUUGAUGAAGAUCCAAAAAUGGAGAUUACUCUAAGCCACAUCGGUGAGGUGUUCAUGGCUGGUCAGUACCGCAUCUCCCUGCCCUACUCUGAUGACAUCUUCCAAAUUCAGCAGCUCUCAUCCAUGUUCCUCCAAGUGAAGACAACAUUUGGCCUGCGUCUGCAGUACAGCUGGAAGGAAUUUCGUCUCUAUCUGCAGGCCAACGCGCUGUGGAAGGACGACACAGUGGGACUGUGUGGAACCUUCAAUGGCAACAUUCAAGAUGACUUCUUGUAAGUGUGAUUUUUGUCGCCUGCUGGCAUGAUAGAAAGCACUCCUUUUCUGUUUGGAAAUGCAUGGAGGGUUUCGUCAGCAUGUACACUAAGCCUUACCAGUCCUCAGCUGGAACCCUGUGACACACACCAACAGGCGGUGGCCUAUGCAUCCGAGAUGUGUGAUAUACUGAACCAGGAUCUGUUCUCCUCCUGUCACGAGUACAUCAGUCCAGUGCUUUUCCACCAGCAGUGUCGCUCAGAUACCUGUAAAUGCGGAACAGCUUGCUUUUGCUCUGCUGUCGCUCACUACGCACGCCACUGCCGUAGAUUCUCUGUCAUCAUUGACUUCCGAUCGCGCAUACAUGACUGUGCGGUCACCUGUCCUUCCACCAUGCAGUAUGGCGUUUGUGUGUCAUCCUGUCACCGCCGCUGCUCCGCCCUCUCUUCUUCGCAGCACUGUGAGAGGGAGUGCGAGGAGGGCUGCGUCUGCCCAGAGGGAUUGUUCUACAAUGAACGAACACACCUUUGUGUGCACAGGAGUGAGUGUCCCUGCACGUUCCUUGGGGCUGAUUAUGAGCCAGGAGACGUGAUCAUGACAUCAGCAGGUGUUCAGCUGUGUACGGAUGGUAAAUUUCUGUUACAGACAUCAGAGGCUGACAGCUUAUGUCCGGAAGAUCAGUUGUACCACAACUGCUCAGAGGGUCAGAGCAGCCAACUUGCAGGAAGAGGUGUGACCUGUGAGCGCACCUGUGAAUCUUACCUGCUCAACCUUACCUGCUCUGCACAUGAGCCGUGUGUGAGUGGAUGUAUCUGCCCUUUUGGCUUGCUGAAACAUGGAGACGAGUGCUUUGAACCUAAAGCCUGCCCCUGCCUCUGGAAAGGAAAAGAGUAUUUCCCUGGUGACAAAGUGUCUUCCCCCUGCUACCAGUGCGUUUGCCAGCACGGAAUGUUCCAGUGUGAGUUUCAGCCGUGUCCGUCCAUGUGCACCACUUACGGAGAUCGCCAUUACAGAACCUUCGAUGGCCUGCUCUUCGACUACAUAGGUGCUUGCCAAGUCUAUCUUGUAAAGAGCAUUGCUGAUGUGAUUCUCAGUGUGACGGCUGAGAACAUUGCCUGUUUUGACAAUGGCGUCAUCUGCAGAAAAUCACUGCUGAUCAACAUUGGAAGAUCAGUCAUAGCUUUUAAUGAUGACACUGGGCAGCCUCAUCCAUCCAGUGUCAUUGAAAGUAAUCAGAGGAUGCUCUUCUGGCCUGCUGGUUACUUUACUGUGGUUCAAUUCCCAGAAGAGGACGUUACCAUCUUGUGGGACCGUAAAACCACCAUUCACAUCCAGGUUGGACCUCGUUGGCAGGGGAAAUUGAGUGGUCUGUGUGGAAACUUUGACUUGAAGACAGUGAACGAGAUGCGCACUCCCGACAACAUUGACUCGACAACUCCACAAGAGUUUGGAAACAGCUGGACGACAACAGAGUGUGUCAGUAGCCAAGAUAUGAGACAGCCAUGCACCCUCAGUCCGCUAAGAGAGCCCUUUGCCAAGCUGCGGUGUGCAGUUCUGCUCAGUGAAGUCUUCCAGGCCUGCCAUCCAGUGGUGGAUGUGACCUGGUUUUACAUGAACUGCUUGGCAGACACUUGUGGCUGCAGUCGGGGAGGCGACUGCGAAUGUUUCUGCACCAGUGUUGCAGUGUACGCCCAACGGUGCUGUCACCAGGGUGUUCCUGUUGACUGGCGCUCUCCCUCUCUAUGCCCAUAUGAUUGUGAAUUCUACAACAAAGUUCUUGGUAAAGGCCCCUUCAGAUUGAUUCCUUUCAGAGACCGCACAAUGGUGCUGGUUGCCAGCAGGUCUGGCAGCUCUGUGUUUGUAAAACGUGGAAACUUUAGUGACGUCACUGGCACCUUCUCCCAUUUUCUGAUGACGCCAGGCCUCAGCAGAGCCCGACCACACGACAUAUCCCGGAUCUCCUUUGAAGCAGCGAACAGACCCAAUCACUUCCUAUAUGUGAGCCCUGGUGGCCAGGUGAAGCUGGAUAAGUGGGAAGACAGCAAGGAAUUCUGGGAUAGAGCCACCUUCGUGCUUCACAGGGCCACAUGGCUCUCAGGCUAUGACUCCCUGGAGUCCCAAGCAAAGUCAGGAUUCUUUUUACACGCCUCCAUCCCUCACCUCCACCUGCUCAAAUAUCGUCACACUGACAGCUUCCGCAAGGCUACUCUUUUCAGACUGACAGGCUCCGGCCCAGAUGCCCCACCAGGUCCACGUUGCCAGUGGAGAUACGACUCUUGCAUUAGUCCCUGUUUCAAAACCUGCAGUGACCCAUCAGCAGAAGCCUGUCUCUCCAUCCCCCAAGUAGAGGGUUGCUUUCCUUUUUGCCCACCACACAUGGUCCUUGAUGAAGUGACUCACCGGUGUGUCUAUGUCGAAGACUGUAUCAAAGCCCCAGUCAUAAUGCCCAUAAUUUCAACUAUUGUCCAGCCAAGUUCUGCAACUCUUUCCUCAACAACCACCAAAGUUGACUUUACGGCUCCACUCAAGACUUCCACUGUGCCUUCUGCCCCUCUGAUGACACUUUCUACCACCAUAACCAGCACCACAACUCCAGUGUUGAGCACAUCAGCGUUUGCUCCCAUAAUACCACCAAUUCCCGAUGAGUCAACCCAACCAAGCAUACCCUCCCCUUCUGGAGUACCGGAACCUUCAAGCACAGCAGUCUCCCCUGCUGUAAGGCCAGGGGUUUUUAAACCCAUUUCAACCCUAGCAGUGACUGAAGUUGAUUCUACUGCUAAGAGUGCAACCAUUAGCCAUUUUGGAUCCAGUACUUCCAGGUCAAGCAGUGCUCCCUUUGCAAUUACUUCUCUUUUCCGGCUAACUUCCACUACCAGGUCUACUGACUCCCUCCAACCUCUCUUCACUACCAAAGAAUCACCACCCAUUCAAACAUCUUCCACUACAACACCAACCAUGCACUUUACUGAGGGACCAACCUCCACUUCACUCCUUGUUACUGAGGACUCUAGAGAUGCUACACAGUCAGUAGUGGUGUUCCCAUUUGGAACCAUUUCUCAUACACCUUCAAUUCUAAUUUCAGAGACUUUAACAGUGACACAACAGACUAUUGUACCCAAAUCUACAAGCACUGUUCAUAAGGAAACCAGCAGCACAAAACCUUUAACGGUGGGGGGAAUUCCUCCAACCCCUACGACUGCACGUACCAGUCCUGCUUUACUAAGUACAAGCUCUUCAACCACUUCCUCACUUUUGUCUGUAUCUAUAAAAACAACAUCUAUGUCAACAGCAAAGACUACAGACUCAGUCAUUCCAGUUGAACCUUUUAAAACCAGCACGGUGCGGUUCAUUGGUCCAGAUACUACAGGACCUACUAUGUCUGCACUUACCACAGAGAAGACAAUUUUAACAACUCCAGCUGCUCCUCCGAUACCACCAUCAACUCCAGUCCACGUCUCUCCGACUACAACUGUACAUAGUCCUACCUCAGCUGCUUCAGAUUUGCAGGCAGCAAUAAAUACAACAACCAUACUUGAAUCUACUGUGUCCAAAACACCUUCUAGCAUCACAACAAUAGCUGUUCAGCCACCCCUUAAGCCUACAGACCAAAUUUCUGUGUCCACUGCAACUUUAAGACUUCCAGAGGAAGCAGUAGCCACCACUGUAGCCACCCGACCUGUAACAUCAACUGCAUCGUCAGUGUCCCCCAUGAAAAUGACUAGCGCGCCAUAUUCACCAAGAUCCUCCACACAUACCUCACAACCAUUACGUCCUCCUUAUUUGGACACCUCUUCAACCCACUUGUACAGCCCAACAACAAAGACUACCCCAAAACGGACCUCUCAAGCUGUUCCACUUGUCAUCAGUGUGACUAAAACAACUGAAGUACCUCGUCUUCCGGUAUCGAGGCCGAUGAGCCCCUCUGCUAUACCUGCUACUGUCACAACCACAACAACUGUUAAAACUACAUCUCUCAGAAUACCUACUGCAGAAUUUCAUACCAAGACACAAGUUACACCAGAGCGUCCCCCUGAGCCUGGUGUCCCAUCUACUGUUAGUGCAACCCCGCUCAGACCUGUUACAAUAAAACCAGUCACAGAGACAACACAUCUGUUUACAAGCAGAAAGGAAUUGACAACAAGAGCCACAACCGAAGCAAUGUCAUCUUUGUCACCACCUGGCACAACUAUUUCUCCUCCAACACCAAUAAAAACAACAUCCCCCGACAAAGUCACUACACGACCUGCAACUAUAAGAUCUACAUCUGCUACAAUGUCUACAACAAUCACACAGGCAGCCUCCAUCAGGACAACACUAAGAGUUCCAGUCACAAGAGGUACACCCAAAAUCACUUCAACGGAGAAGCCUGUCACGACCAGGGUUACCAUGGUAACAAGACCCUUGCUAGUCACUACUACGCCUCAUCCAAGCCCAAUAACUGGAGUCGCAGGAAUUCCAUCUGCAACCAUCACCACAUCAGCUGAGCCAUUGACUCCAGUGACCACAACAACACCUGCUGGCACAAUUUCCGUGCACACUUUGACUACUUCUUUGACCACACAACCAAUGCCUGAUUCCACGCUUACAACAGUAUUUUCACCUGGGCCUACUUUAGAACCCAGAAAGUCAACCACUCCAGUAUCUGUCCUGACAACCACAGAGCCUAUAAGCACUUCCCAACGCGUGACUUCUCCACCCGUUAUGUCAAUCUCCUCUCAGAAACCUGGCGUUCUUGCUUCUGCCAUAACUUCCAUUUUUGCAACCACAACAGAUCAAACAACUGCACUGGAUAAGAGGAAUCGCACCAGUCCGAGUGUAAUGACACCUCUUGUGCAAGUGGAAACAACAAGGAUGUGCGCACCUCCUUAUGUAGAGAUUGUCAAUGAGUGUACCAAGUACAUUUGUGUCAACAAUCAGCUCGUCCUUUUCAACAAAUCCCAAAGCUGCCCCUUUUCGUCUGAGCCACCAAACUGCGGCCUGCUUGGCUUUGCUGUACUGGUCAAUGGAGACAAAUGUUGUCCUCAAUGGGACUGUCCAUGUCGCUGCUCGAUGUUUCCAGACUUGAAUGUGAUUACAUUUGAUGGCAACAGUGUUGCCAUUUAUAAGGCGGCAUCAUUUAUAGUGGCCCAGCUGCCCAAUGAGACGGUCACUGCUCUUGUUCAGGAAUGUUCUGCUGGCUCUCAGUCACCACUUUUGGCAAAUUUUACCAACCUUUGUCUGAUUGCACUUAACAUCACCCACAAUUCAAACCACAUUGUCAUCGACAGGCUCCAGAGGAGGCUCUAUGUCAACUCACGGUAUGCCAGACCACGAUUUAAAAAGUUUGGUUUUGAGAUCUAUGACACAGGCAGCAUGUACCUGGUUCGAAGCCCAGCUGGCCUCAAGCUACAGUGGUACCACAGCACUGGAAUGAUGGUGAUCGACAUCGACAGCCAGAGCAAGAAGCUGCCCGCCAUGGGCCUCUGUGGUUUCUGUGAUGGAAACCCAAAUAAUGACUUGACUUUGCCCAAUGGCACCACUGUUGAACGUGGUGAGGACCCAUCUCUCUUCAUUGACAGUUGGCAGGUUCCCAACACCACCAGCUACAUUAGUCACAGUCGACGUCGUGAGUUCAACUGCUCCACCAGCGACUGCUCUCGGUGUUUGCUCAUGCUGCAGAGUCCUGCCUUCUUCCAGUGCCACACCUUUGUCUCUCCAAGUACAUUCUGUGAGGUUUGGGUCCAAGAUGUCGAGUAUGUAAACAACCAAUGUGUGGCGCUGGCUGCCUACGUGGCGUCUUGCCACAAAUUCAACAUCUGCAUUGAGUGGAGGAGACCCGAUUAUUGUCCCUUCACGUGCCCUGACACUCUGCGUUACAAGGCCUGUCUGCCAGCCUGCACGUCUCAGUCCUGUCCCAACCAGGACUUUGACUCAGACCCAGACUAUUGCUCAGGCCUGACCGAGGGUUGUGUGUGCCCUGAAGGAACGCUGCUCCAUCGACCAUACUCUGCCCUCUGCAUACCACCCAGCAAGUGUGCCUGCACUGACAGUGCUGGGGUUCCACGAGCCCUUGGGGAGGUGUGGAAGGCCUCUAAGGACGCUUGUUGCAUGUAUCGCUGCGACAAGGACACAAUCCUCCCUAUGGAGUACAACUGUUCCACCAUGGAGGGGCCUGUGUGCCAGCGGGCUGGGGAGAUGGUCAUCAGCCUGGCAGAAGACACAAGCUGCUGCCCCCGUAAAGUCUGUGUGUGUAAUCAGACCCUGUGUGACCUUGUUCCCCCUGAGUGUAAAUAUGGGGAGAGGCUAGUGUCAUACUAUCGACAAGACUCCUGCUGCCCAGACUACGUGUGUGAGUGUGAUCCCAAACGCUGUGAAUCUGAGAUUCCCACAUGCAGAAGCGACCAGACAUUAAUUGCCACCAGAACUGGCGAUAGCUGUUGUCUGGAUCACAUCUGCAUGUGUUCUACUUGUGUGGAUGCGCCUCCUUUCUGCCAGGAUGGGGAGGUGCUAACAGUGGAUGCAAACACCACGGGCCGCUGCUGCCCCACCUACAGAUGUGUAUGCGAGACCUACAGGUGUCCCCAGCUCAGUUGCCCUGUUGGGAUGUCAGCGGUGUCACUUUCCAGUGCAGGUCACUGCUGUCCCAAGCAAACAUGCGAAUGUUCCUGUGACAAGAUCACCUCUCCUAAAUGUGGAUUGGGAAAAAUUGCUGAGUUGGAUGGGGUUUUCCUGUCUGACCCACGCAACCUGUGUGCCUGCGAAAGGUACAAAUGUGUGCAAGAGGCAGUCUGUGUGUAUGGGGAGCGAAGAGUGCUGCGGCCCGGUCAGACCCUGGUAGAACGUGGCGAGGAUGGCCUGUGUCACAGCAAACAGUGCAGCCGGGUGCUGGACACGUCGAGUGGUUUGCACUUACUGCGCACCAGCAGCACCAACUGUUCAGCCCACUGCCAACAGAAUCAGAUCUACAUCCCUGCAAAAGAGCCGUCAACUUGCUGUGGAGUUUGUAAGAAUAUUUCCUGCCUCUAUGCUCAUGAGAACGGAUCCACUCUUCUUUAUAAGCCAGGGAAAUCGUGGAUGUACAACUGCAUGAAGUUCGAAUGCAUAAACACGCUGUCUGGACCAACACUCAUCUCCUACCCCUUCAGCUGCCCCCCGGUCAAUGAAACAGAGUGUAUGAAGAUCGGAGGGAGUGUUGUAAGUUACAUGGACGGAUGUUGCAAAACAUGUAAAGAAGACGGCAAACCCUGUCAGAAGGUGACAGUCAGGAUGACGAUCAGGAAGAAUGACUGCCGCAGUAACCGGCCGGUGAACAUUGUGUCAUGUGACGGGAAGUGUCCGUCUGCCAGCAUCUACAACUACAACAUCAACACAUACGCUCGCUUCUGCAAGUGUUGCCGAGAGAUGGGGCUGCAGCGGCGCUCUGUGCAGCUCUAUUGCAGCGGCAACUCCACCUGGGUCAGCUACGCCAUUCAAGAGCCCACCGACUGCUCCUGCCAGUGGUCGUAGAAGUCACGCUGCAAAUAACACUCCCCAAAAACACACAUAGACACACUUAAACAUAUGUUCAGGUCUACCUGGGUGGGCAGAGCUGAUAAGUACAAUCAUUUUUGCUUGCCGCAAAUAUAUUGCAGUACUGGCCAGGAAGUGAUGGCUGCAGUUGUACCUCCCUGGCAGCUGCAAACACACAAAGCACUGUGACAUUUGACCUCCGACCUCUCGGGGCUAGUAAGAGACAGAUUUACUUUGCAGGGAUAGACAUAGUCACAAAAAGGACUUACUACAGAAAAAAGGCCCCAAAAAAACAUCACUUGAGUUUUAUCUGUGAGAGUCAAGUGACUUCCAUUGUGAGCAGUGUGUGCAUUUAUUUGGAAAUGCAUGACAGAAUUGAAUAAAACUACUAUUCACAUCAUUUUUUCACCUAUAAGUAUCCUAUUAUUAACUAUUAUUGCAUUUUUAGGCUUUGUUUCACCACUAGUUCUUUUGUACUUUAAAGCAGGAGUCUCAAACAAGCGGCUUGCAGGAACA